UGAUAGCAAUAAUUCAAUACCAAUUUGACAAAACGUUAAUUAACAAAGUCAAUAUUUUAUUGAAAAAUCUUACGUGGUAGUACUCUCGUUCUGGAUUAUCAGAAUUUUUGAAUCUUGUUUUAUUUGUAUCAUCGGUACGGUUACUGUGAAGGUGUUUUUAUCAUCGGUGGUCUAUUUAUUUUUCUUUUCUUUUAUGGUGUAAAAUAAAAAUUUUAAUUGCUGGAUACUUCUCUUUGUGUUUUGUGGAUUAACUAGUGAUGGAAAAUGGUUUCUUGAAGAUUUACGGUUAGGAAUUUACGUUUGAAGUGCUAUUUUUAAGUUGAAGGCUCCAGCAAUGACAUUACCAUAAUCGCAUUAAAAAAAAAAAUGAACAACAGCUCAGAUAUACUUAAUAGUACAGACUUUGGGAAUACAACUGAAAAUGCAUUGUUCGGCGAAACUAACGAGACCGGCUAUAUACCGUACGAUCAAAGGCCGGAAACUUACUUUGUUCCGGUGUUGUUCUUUCUGAUUUUCGUAAUCGGCUGUUUGGGCAACGGGACUUUGGUCGUCAUUUUUCUGAGGCACAAGACGAUGAGGAAUGUACCAAACACAUACAUAUUCUCGUUAGCUUUGGCCGACCUUUUAGUAAUAAUCACCAGCGUACCGUUUACAUCGAUAAUCUACACAGUGGAAUCAUGGCCUUGGGGUUCUUUGAUUUGUAAAAUAUCGGAAACGGCCAAAGACGUUUCCAUCGGCGUGUCCGUUUUCACCCUAACCGCUUUGUCCGCAGACCGAUUUUUUGCCAUCGUCGAUCCUUUGAAGAAGUUUCAUACGAGCAGCGGAGGCAAAAAAGCAACCCGAAUAACAGUAGCUACGGCCGUAGGAAUCUGGAUCCUAGCAAUUCUAUGCGCAAUACCUGCUCUGCUAGGCUCUCACAUAAAAGAAAUACGAGACGACGAAGGUACCUUGUGCUUGGAAGUUUGCUAUCCCUUUCCAGAAGACUGGCUUAAAGGUACUUAUCCGCAACUGAUGGUGAUGUCCAAAUUUUUGGUGCUCUACAUUAUUCCUUUGAUUAUUAUUUUUGGAUUCUAUCUCAGCAUGGCUAUUUCGCUGAUAAUGAGCACUAGGAAUGUUCCUGGAGAAUUGCAAGGAAUGCAUAGACAGAUAAAAGCAAGAAAGAAAGUAGCAGUGACAGUCCUAAUUUUCGUAGCAGUGUUUGCAGUAUGUUUCGCCCCCUUGCACGCCUUCAUGCUAUUUUUCUACUUCAACGAAAACGCCCAGGAACUCUACAAUCCUUUCUGGCACUAUCUCAGAAUAGUAGGAUUUUGUUUGUGCUACAUGAACUCCUGCGCAAAUCCGGUAGCCUUGUAUUUUGUUAGUGGAGCUUUCAGGAAGCAUUUUAAUAGAUAUCUUCUAUGUAAAAAACCACUCCGUAAUCGAGGCAGUACUUACCAGCAAGCGACCUCAAUGUCACUGUUGUCGACCAAAAGAUACCAGUCGAUCAACCGUAAGCCGACCAUAUCGUUAACCAGAAGGAACACCACGACCAAUCCGCACGAAACUUCUGUCACUUUAUUGGGCAACGGGCAUGGCGAUCCGAACCCUAAUAACAAAAUACUUUGAGAAAGGUUGCGAAAGAGUCGAGACACUCUUUUGCAAACCGACGUUUUUUAAACUGCUGGAUGUAAGAAGGAAUUCUGUAUUCUGUUUUUGAGGAAUUGGAAUAUGAUUCAAGACUCCUCUACAAAUAACAACAUCUGACCUAGAUUUCGCUUGUUCACAUGCAAUUCAAUGUACAUAUAAAAUGUAUAUAAGAGUAUAUAACACAACAAUGUUAUACAGGGAAACAGUACACUUAAAAAAAAUUGGUGUAUAAAUGUAAUUUGUAAAUAUAAAACUUGUGAUUUUCGUCUAUAAUUUGAAUUGUUCCAUCCACAAAAAAAAAUAUACAUUAUGAAAAAAGUUAUCUAUGAUAUUGAGAAUUUAAUGAAAAACUAUUUUCUUUAGUGGAAAUUAAUAAAUUUCUUCCGGAAUUUUCUAUGGUGGAAACAGUAUUCCAUAGAUUUUGGUAUAAAUGAAAAGGAUUGACUAUUAUUUGUUUCUAAAUUCCGAUGAGUUUUUGCCAUAUGAACUGUCAAUCCCGUUUAGUUUUCAAAUUCUUUUAAACAAAUUUUACACUUUGUCAAAAUAUUGCAAAUUCUAAAGUUUGAUAUUUCAUUUAAAAGAGUGUUCAUUGUCUUGAUUUCCAGAAAAUAGAAGAUUAAUGGUUUUAGGAUAUUCGUCAUGUAAAAUAUCUAAAGCAAUGAAAAGUUUCAUCAUGUAUAUUUUUUUGUCAAAAUACAAAACAUCGAAAUUGUAUAAAUCGAUUUAUAUUUUACAAUAAUUAAUCCCCC